AUGGAGAUCUGUCCCUUUAAACCAUCUAAACCAACGCCGCAGCAAUCGAUUAUUGAAGCAAAAAAUAAAAUUCGGCUGGGCCAUGAUGAAUGUUGCAAUUGCUACUGCUGUUGUUUACCACAAUCCACAUGUUACAAAUAUAUCCAGCCGGAAGUACCAAAAUCUUUCGCACCUGUUCAGUAUUAUUGGAAAUCAAAUGUACCGAUGGAUAAAAAUACAACAUAUCGUCUCUCUUAUUGGGAAGGGCCUAGCAGCAUUGUCGAACCCAUUCGUCCUGAAGAUAAUUUAAUAUACAGUGAUGCACCAAUGUCUGAUGAAACGACGCAUAAAAUGAGCUAUUUUGGCAAUUGGUGCGUGAAAAUAGAUCCUCCAAUAACACCCUGUGAUAAGCAGUGGCUGGGUAGAGGCCCGAUGGAAGACGUCACAACGCACAAACAUGAUUAUCCAUGGAAAAGCAUGACGCGUACUGAGAUGAUCAAGGCACCAAAUAAUUUAUGUUCUCCAUGUGCUGCUUUAUCUGGUAAUCCUCAUACACACACACACACACACGAGGAACAACCGUGGAAACCAAAGGUAGACUAUCAUCCCUCAGUAACGCCGAUGGAUGGAUGCACGACCUACAAAUUAAGUUAUUGGCCUAACUGUGAUGAGAAGCGACCGGAACCUUUUGUUCACACUGGAACUGAAAACUUGCUGAACGCCGGCUGCUGCUUUGACGACAACACCACGUACCAACUCAGUUAUUUCGGAUAUGGCGGUGACAAACCACCGGAUCCCGUUCGUCAGCCUGGCAAUAUAAUUUUCUCUCCGUGCCCACUCUCCCACGAUACCGUCAAUCGGUUGAGUUUUCUAGGCAACUGGUGCUUCAAACCGGAAACGUCCAUCACGUCGUGUGACACACAAUUGUUGGGCAGAGGACCGAUGCAAGAUGAGACUACGCAAAAGCAUGAUUACACUUGGAAGCGCGGGAUGCCAUCGACAGUGCUUCGACCCGAGAACCAUCUUACUUUCUCAUCCUUGCCACUGGAAUCCUGCACGACUCAUAGAUUGUCUUAUAUACCGAAUGAUCACAAAUGUGUACUGCCUAUUCAAUCGUACGCGCCUAUACGUAAGUACCACCCAUCCGACAUUGCGAUGGAAUCCGAGACUACGAUGCGAUUGAGUUAUCAGCCGGUAGAGCCGGCAGAUCAGAUCGAGAAACCAUGGGCUAUGGCUGCGCCCUAUUAUUCACCUGUCAAUCCUAUGGAGGACAAUACCACAUACAAUCUAAGUUAUAUUCCACCUGGAACACUCGUCCCCCUGUCUCCUUGUUCCGCUUCUUACUCCUCUGUUAACAACUACAAAAUGCCUUUUAAUGCCUCGCAGCAACUUUGCCCUGCAUCAUGAAUAGAGGGUAGGUAAGGUGUGUACGAAAUGAUAAUAAUCUUAACAUACAUGUAUUAUCUUCCUCUUACGAAUAUUUUGCCAAAGUCACGCGAGCGAAUGCAAGCGUUUGUGAU